GGGAACAUCGCCCAAUCAGUCUCGGUUCGUUCGUCUGUUCUGUCGCAUCCGUGAGGGACACAGAAGUGAAGUCGUCGUCGUCGGUUCGGUUUGGGCCGUGUCUCGGUGUCAUCUUCUCCGAUUGAUGACUUGCUGUGAUGGCAGCUCGAUUUGAGAGGCUUUUGUUAUUGUGAAGAAAUUUGUGUGUUUUUGUGGCGGUGAACCCAAACGGGAAUUAUCUGGGAAGGUUAAAGUGAUCCGAUUAGAGGAUGGAGUUUUGGGAUCUGGAGUGCUUAUAAUGGAAUCCGUGACAUCCGGAUUUGCGACGCUUUGACGGUUUUGUAUAUCAGCAAGAUCCGGUCCGGGAGAUUCCGAUCCCAAUGGUUCAUUAGGGAGCUCGGACAUAGUUUCCCCAUAGUCAAAUUAACCAAUCGGUCGUGUUCCGGGAGGUGCUGCCGAUGAUGGGGUCGGUUUUAUGCUGCGGCCCCAUGUAAAUAAUGUAAAUGUCAGAAUGUAACAUGAUGGCUAUCGAAUGUCAUGCAAAACGGCCGUGUUUUUUCUCGGAUGUUUGCUGAGCCGGACGAAUCCAUCGGCGGAUUGCUGCGGGACUAGGCUCGAGGAUGGGAGGACCUCGGAAUGAUGGGAAAUCGAUCGCCGAGUGUUUGUUAUUGUAACAGAUUUCCAAUCUGCUAAGAUGUUUGACUGCAUUCCCGUGCAGCAGCGAAUGUAAACAAAUGCUUCAGAAAACAUGAUUCACGCGCUCUUGUUUUCGAGAAACCAUCCUGCCUGAAUGCCGAGGGAGUUAGUUCCAAAUAAAAUGGGAUUAAAAAUCAAUACUGGGUGCCGUUUUGUGUAUGUUUUCUAAACAAAAAUCCCCUGGCCCGGCGUUCUUUCGCUGUAGUUCUCUGGGGCGUGUUUAGUGUAUCGAGGGAAAGUAUAUUAUGGUCUAGAAAUACACAAUAAGUGUAAUAUGAAAAUCAGUGUAUAAAAUAUCUGUUUCUGUGAAUCAAAGAGAAAUUAAAUGUCGUCAUAAAAUAGCAAUAAAACAAGUGUUUGGUAAAUGAGGCAAAUUCAUUAUUCAAAUUUCAACAUGAAUCAUUGCUUCAUGGGGCCCGAAUGGCACAGUAAUAAAUGUGCGUCGUCGUCCUCGGCUAAAGUGUGAGUUCGUGUGGCCAAUUUACCAGUGUGCAAUCCAACGCCAAGCCUGAGGCAAGAGGAUGAAAACGUGAAUAAUUCAAUGCUAAUCUAAUAAUACUUGGGGCGCGUUUGGGUGAAUAUUGCUGCAGUCACGCAGAAAAUCAGAGAGGCCCCACCAAAAUCACCAAAAUGCAGGCUAAAAAGCGAUAUAUACUGGUGAUCAUUUGCUGUGCGUUCCUGGCUCUAUGCUAUUUCGGAGGCUACCGGCUCAAAUGGUUGCAAAAAUUGUUUGCUAUCAGCGUCCGGAAAAAUCCCUCCAAACUACCGUCAUAUCAUCAGCUGCACUACCAGUUUACAGACAAUGUAGCAGAGCAUCCACAGAAGAAGGGUGACGACCUCUUUGCCCACCCACCUUUCGAGUCCAAAUACCUGGGCGACUCGCUUCCAACUCCACUCAGAACCUGUCGCAUGGAGAGUUGCUUCGACUUCUCCCGCUGCUCCGACCAAAACUUCCUAGUCUACGUCUAUCCACCGGAACCUCUCAAUUCCCUCGGAGCUCCCCCUCCAAUCUCCCCCAACUAUCAGAAAAUCAUUACCGCCAUCCAAGAAUCCCGGUACUACACCACAGACCCGGAGAAAGCCUGUCUUUUUGUCCUAGGAAUCGACACCCUGGACAGAGACUCUCUGAGCGAAGACUACGUCAGAAACGUGCCCUCCCGGCUACAACGGCUGCCCCAUUGGAACAACGGCCGGAACCAUAUCAUAUUCAAUCUCUAUUCCGGCACCUGGCCCGAUUACAACGAAAACGGCCUGGGCUUCGACCCCGGUCAGGCUAUUCUGGCCAAGGCCAGUAUGAGCGUGCAGUUGCUGAGGCCGAACUUCGACGUCAGUAUACCGCUGUUUCAUAAGCAGUUUCCGCUGCGCGGUGGCAAUACUGGUUUCGUGGCCAGUAACAACUUUCCGGCCAACAAGAAGUACCUGCUGGCGUUCAAAGGGAAAAGCCACCGCCUGCCGCAAACCGCCCCACCAACCGCCUUCACCAAUCGCCCACACCAACCGCCAACACCCGCCACCAAACCGCCUCGAACCACAACAAGCAAAUGAAAAUUUAUAAUGUGAUAGUGAAGAAAAGAAAUAAUGUUGAAAUCCAAAUAUUGUAAGCAUUAAGUAAUGAAAAAAUUAUGAAUAAAUAGUGAGGAGGUUUUAUGCCUACGGGAGCAUGAUUUUGAAGAAAAAAAUCAACUCCCGCGGGCUUUUCCCUGCUCUUGAAAAAAAAAAAAAAAAAAAAAGUUUGGAUGCUAAAUGCGUAAUUAUAUUUCUAAUGAAUCAAUUUAAAUGUUCGUUUGAUUUUGCUAAUAAACGAACAAAGUCGGGCACCCCGGCAAGCUAUGUCUUCUUAUCUUAUUAAUAUUCGAUAUCAGGGACUCAAUUUCUAUCAACAAGUGAGGAAUUUUUUGAAAAACUUUAGCAAAGCUAUGGACCUGGAAUAAGAUAUAGAGGUUUUGGCUUUAGUGCUGAGUCGAGAUUAUAACACUUGAUUAAUUUUACUCGUUUAUCAAAAUUUGAUAAAAAAUUUAAAAUUUUGAUUCAAGAGAAGAAGAUUUCGCUUAUAAUUUUAGGACCUGGGGGUGGGUUAAUCACCAAACCCCUUCCCCCCCUUCGUUCCUACGAUCAUGGCUCAUAUGAUUAUAAUCUUAGUUUUGUCUUGCUCUUUCAUAAGGAAAAGGAAUUGUUCAUGAAUAAUUAAUAAGUCACUCAAAGGCAAAUUUGCAAAUCAUCUCUAGUGGAAAACCAUGGGCCACGUAAUGUGGGGUAUCUUGGGCCUACCUUUAUACACAUUCAUAACUCACAAUACAUUUAUCCAUUUAUCCAACAUAUGUAUACAUAUGUUGUUUGGUCAGUUUUGAUUUGGUGGCCCACGAUUCCCCACUAUUUUUCAAAAUCCAAAAAAUAUUACUAUUUUUAAACAGUAGAAUAAUUUAUUUAAAAAGAAAUACCUUAUAAUACGUUAGAAAUGCAGAAAACCAUACCAUUAUUUUUUUUCAUUUUAUCUUUUAUAAUAAAGAAGUUAUGGAGUAAAGAUUGAAAAGUGGCACAUGAUACCCCACUCUCCCCUAUUAAUUCAUUUUUUGAUAUUGUUUUUUUUUCUAUUGUGUUUAUUUAGCAAUGUGAAUCAUGUUUUUCUUAAAUUUCAUACCGUUCUUUUGUUACUAAGAGCUCACACAUUAAAAUCUUGCAAAAGAAUUGCAUACUAACUACAUGGAAUAAAAUCGAAAAAACGAGUUAUUUGAAAUCAAAUAAUUGAAAAAAUCAGAAAUUUAAAGGAUGAUAAAUUUUAGAUUUUCAUCAGUCGGUUUUCAUUCUUGUUAAUGUUCCAAUUCGUUUUUAGAUGUCUUUGCUUCAUAAAGCCAUAUUUUCAUUUUUUUUUGUCUUUGUUUUUAUAGAAGGUAAAUUGAGUUAUAUUUUCUAGGAUGAUUCUCUAUGAUGGAAUUUCAUUCCACGCUUAGUUCUUCGAGAUUUCAUUAUUGGAUUGUGUUUUUCCGGUUUUCAGCUAUAAUAACACUAGUUUAUACCAUUUUUGAACUAAGAAAACUGAAGAUCACUUUUCACGUGGAAUCUGGCACUGAAUAUGAAAAUGAAAUUAAAAUAAUAUCUCAGUAGAACAAUUUUUGAGUUAUUCUCCGGAAAUUUUUAAUUAAUGAAAUUAGUGAAUUUACGAUCGAAAAAAAAAACACAUAAAAAUGGACUCUUAUAGAGAAAAUAACUGAGAACUUUUCUUCAUUGUUGUUAGCUUGAGACUCGAUGGUAACAUUUGACAAAUCUGAUUUUCUAUGGGCCAUAACGAUAAAUUAAAAACAAAGAUUUCAUGUGGCUGUUUAUUAAAAUUGGUUGAAAAUCGAAGAAGUUAUGGUUACCUUUCUAUAACAGUAUUGUCUAUUUUUUUGAAUAAUUCUACGAACCACAGUGUAUUUAUCUUAGUAUGUGAAGAAUUAAAAAUGAUAUCUUAAUCCCACUUGUUCCAAGCUGAAAUCGAUCAUAAGCUUACCAAAAGAUCACAUGCCAAAUUUCAGCAAGAUCUGAUCAUGGGAAGGGCUGUCCUUGAGUCUCAAGUGUUAAUGGAAUUUUAAGGUAUUUUGCUCGGAAGAAGCAAGAAUACUUUUUUCUUCACCAGUCGAUUGCUAAUUAAGAAUAAUUUUCUAAACUUAACUUGAGACAAAUAUUUCACCCUAGCACUGUAACACGAUUGAACUUAAAACAAAAAAGUUAUUGCGGUUGAAAAAUUGUAUUUUUGCCACAAAUUGUGCUAGUCCCAAAAUAAGGGUUUUUCAAAGUGUUGGAAAAUUUUAGAAUAACAUGAGGGUCAAAAAAAGGAAGUACAUAAGCCGUAAAUGUCAUGCAUUUCUCGAAAAAGAUACAACGGCUCACCGACAGGACUUGAACCCGCAAUCUCCGCUUCAGUAUCGGUAUCGUAUCGUGUUGGUCGAUUUUAUCAUUUUAUAUUUUUCAAGAAAUUCAUUAUGUUUACAGCUUAGGGGAAAUAAGGGCAUAAAGAGCACCCGGGGCAUAACAAGCACUUAUCUUUUCUACAACAGUACGUAUUUUCUUGAAUAAAUUGUCAUGAGGAUUUGUUUCGUACUCUACAGUGUUAAUUUAGCACCAAAAAAGAAAUAUAGUUAACAUCUUUACAGAAUAAGCUUUUAGCACCACGAAUAAGCUUUUAUAAUAUUUAAAUCAUCUUUAUCUUAAAUGUACGCUUUGCAACAUGAUUUACACAUUGUUUCUCAUUUUUCACUACCAUUAAAUUUUGUAUUUUUCACUUUAAUCAAUUCUAAAACGCGUUUUUACCUCAAUUCGUUGAUUCGGGCGAACAGAGCACUAUCAAUCGGGGCACGAUGAGCGUUUUCUGUCGGGGAAUCUUGCAGCGAAUUCAACUCGAUGAAGUCAACUGAAUAAUAGAGCUACAGCUUGACUUAUUUCAUCUGACGAUUUGGCCCUAUUGGGAAGGUUUCGUAGAGAUAAUCAAAAGACUCGAGUUCGAUUCCUGUUCGAGGUAAUUUUUUUUUAAAUAUCAUUCAUGAUUGGUUUUUUUGAUUGUUACAUUAUGCGGCAUAAUCCCCCAAACAAAGCACCGGGAACAUUAUGUAUGAGUGUGUGUGAAUUGUUUAAAUUAUACAAACAGACAUAGAUUAUUUUGUUAUUGCUUUGUUUGAUGGAUCUACGCCUCACCGUUAAGUGCAAAAUGUAUUGAUCAUGAAUGAUAAAUGAAGAAAAACAAACUCGACCAGGAACCGAACUCGAGUCUACUGAUUACCUCUCCGAUACCUUACCAAUAGGCCAAAUCGUCAGAUGAAACAAGUCAAGCUGUAGCUUUAUUAUUCAGUUGACUUCACUGAGUUGAUUUCACUGCUAGAUUCCCCGGCAGAAAACGCUCAUCGUGCCCCGAUUAAUGGUGUUUAUUCUGCCCCAGAGGAGGGUUCUCAUUAUGCCCCUACAGUGGCUGGUUUUCAAGUUACGGCAAAAAUUCUAAAAAUGAAUUUUUGAACGUUUUUGUGUACUUUUACAAGCUUCAGCCAAUUAGGCAAUAGACUAUUUGGUGACUGAACACGAAACAAUGAUUUAAUUAACAUUCUCUAUGGUUAAAUAAGCGUUUUUCUUAGGGUGGCCAUUAUGCCCUUAUCUCCCCUGUUCUUUCUUUUCUUUGACCCUCAUGUUUCUCUAAAAAUUUUCCAUCACAUUGAAAAUUUUAUAGUUUUCCGGUACGAAAUGUACCAAGACAGAAUCAUAACAUGAUAUCAUAACAAAAUAAGGCUUUUUUAUUAAACUCUUGGCUACUUUUUUGGAUUUCAAAAAUUAACAAGGGUUACAUAUAAAUUUAAAGCAAAGAUGCUUAUUGAAUACGUAACAAUACCCUCUUUUCAUGGAUUAAAAAAAGGAAUAAAAGAAUUUUUCCAAUCAUAUAAGCCGAAUCCAAUUAUUGUUUUCCGUAGCAGCAGCAACACCAAUAAUAACAACAACAACAACAACAACAACUACAACAACUAACAUCCAACCAUCAGCCAAAGCCAAUUGUUAUGAAUCUCAUUGGAAAAUAUCUCACAUACAAUCUCCUAAUCAAAAGCAGCUUAAUUCCGGCUGCAGCCAGCCAGGUCGAUUCGUUCCCUGAACUCGUUAUCGUCUUUUCGGUGAAAUAAACUCUAUCGUUAUCACAUUCUCAACAUCUUCAUCCCCAAAGCAUGGUCUUUCCUUCGUUCGUUCGUCGUUAUUCGUUUUGCGAGAAAACGAUUCGAUUGAUCUGACCUUGACUCGAUAAGAUUUGAGAGAUGGGAUGGGAUGGAGGGAAAAUACUCAGGUACAGAGGGAGGGUCUUGUAUCAUUUCCCAGCUUUGAACUCAUUUUAUCAUCCACCCAAUAAACCCAUUUUUCCUAGCGUUGCCGGUGUUUGUGUGUGCGGUGGAGCUGCCGCCGUAAAAGGUUGAAACCGAAACCCCGAGCAGCAUUUGGAAUUCAUCGCACGUACUUUGGGGUACACCUAACCUGAACCCAGACCAGACGAAGGUAAGGGACCAACCCAAGGGCUUAUGACGACUCUUCGCUUCUACGCCGAACCUAACGAGGCUAAUACGCUGAAGGUACCAACUUCAACCAUCCCUCAUACCCCGCCCACUUUAGAUUUAAGAUGCUCCAAUCUUGCACCAAUAACCUCUAUUUUCCGAUUCCAAGGAAUCGAGAGAUGAUGAAAUACGAAGGAAAAGCUGCUCCUUUUCUAUGGACCCAUUUUUGAGCUCAUUGUAGUUUGUUGGAAAACAUCAUACGUACAUAUGAAUGUCCGAUUCUGCAUACACAUCGACUGGAUGGCAUCUUCCGCUCAAUGAAGCUCAAUCUCAAUUGUCCGGCCAUAUGUUAUCCCGUUGUAGGUCAGAUGAGUCUUUUGCUUAAUUGCUAAUACACCAGGCCACUGUUUGGCUUGGAUGACAAAUGAAAAUGACGACGGAUGUCGAUGUCACCGUCGACGACGACGACAAAGAUGGAACGAAACGAUAGCCUGUCGACAGACAGAUGAGGAAUGGCAAAAUUAUUAAAGCAAUUUAGGCAAAAUGCUUUUGCAUCAAUUGUGUUGAUCGCCGCGCGCCGUUGUCUGGCUGAAUGGACGCAAAACUAGAGACGAUGAACUUUGAAUGCAAAUUGCAAUAGGAUUGCGAUUUACGAACCAAAUGAGUCUGAGUAGUUUGCUAGACGAGUAGCUGGUGUAACAAAAAUUAUGCUGGCUGUUUAAAAAAAUAAUCUUAGGAAUACAAAAAUUAUUGUGAUCCAAUUUAUCUUUUCUUAAGAUCCCUGAUCCUGAUUCCGAUUUUAAUCCUGGAUUCGCAUACCAGACUCUGAUCCUGAAUCAUGAUCCCAGAUCCGGAUCUUAACUUUUAAGGGGGGGGGUAGGGUCUAACACUUUCAAAAAAUCGAUUUUUUUAUUUUUUUAUUUUCUUAUUGUAAAACAUUUCAAGAAUGUUGUGUCAAAUUUUCAAGUCAAUUGAAGCAAAACUGUAGAAGUUAUAGGCCUUUAUCUCCUCCUAUCUAAUACUGCAAGAAAGCAAGAGCUGAAACUUCAAAUACGUUUUUCUCGAAAGCACAUUUUUAAAGUCCGUGGACAUCGUCAUUUGAAAACUACUUAUCCGAUUCUUUUCAAAUUUGGAACAUAGUUUCUACAUAUGAAAUACCAGACCCCAACGUUUUUGUUUUUUGAUUUUUUUACUUUGGGGAGAUUUUAUAGGUGAAAAAUGGCGGAUUUUUAAGUCAAAAAUCGUAGUUUUUACUUCAAACAGCCACAAAAAUUUCAAAAAAAUAUUUUUAAGUUAAAUAAAAACGUUGGGGUCCAGAAAAACAUCUAUUAAAAAUAUUUUGCUCUGAUUUUUUGAAUUCAGAUGAUUCUGUGCUGAGAUACAGUGUCCACCGCAAAUCCUGUUUUCUAAAAGGCAUCCUCGAAAAUGCUCCGUCACCGGCUCAUUUUUCAAUAUUUUUCUACGAAAAAAUUACUAAAUGGUCUUUUAACAAUGCUUUGUAUAAUGCAAAAAAUUUGAAUACAUUUGUUUGAACGAUAGCUCUAGAAAAAAAUCAUGAAAAUGGUGUUUUUUUAUACCCGUUAGACCCUACCCCCCCCUUAAGUUCACUCACAAAUCAGAUUCUACUCCAAUAAUGAACUUCCUUGGAGGUGGAAUAAUCGGCGGUGGCGGAAGAAUUUUAACAAUAAACCAUCGUUUGCCAACCGACUCAGAUGGUGCACUGGAUAAAAUAUUGAACAGGCAAGCUGAGAUGAGAUGUUGCAGUGAGUUCGAUCCUCACAUCAUUUUUUAUUUUUAUUUUAUUUUUUUCUUGUUUAGUAUGAAUGAAGUGAUCAUACAUCAUUUUGCUUGGGAGCUCGAGUCUUUAUGCCAUUAGUGCUUUUCCAAUCAUAUCAUCUUUGGUACAGUACAUUUUUCAGUGCAUUUUCGGCACAGAGAUUUGCUUUAUAGGCAUUGGAAUUUCACAACCUCUUCCAAUGGUAUAGCGAGCCAAAUCUCCCCAUUUGUAAAAAUUUACCAAAAAAAAAAAAAUGAAAGUAGAAGAGAUAUUUACAGUUUCCAUAAAGAAAAGUGUUGUACACCGAAUGGUGAAUACAAACGACGUUUCUUUAAGAUUUCUGUCUUUUGAAACAUAGGACUCAUGAGAUGAGAAAAAUAACUUAAGAAAUUCACCGCAGCGUUAUAUCGUCGUUUGGUGUUAAAAGGGUCAAAUUUCGAUCCUUAUCCCAGGUCCUGGAUCAGAAUUUUGAAUAUAUAUAUUGUUCCGGAAAAUGAUCCUAAAUAUUGAUUCAGGUCGUGGAUUCCGAUACUUAUCCGUAAUCCUGAACCUGAUCAUGGACCCUGGACCCAGAAGUCAUGUCCUAAUACUGAUUACAGAUUAUGUACCAGGAUUCUGAUCCUGAUUCUUAAUCCUGAUCCCUUAUUUUAAAUACCUGAAUCUGAUCAUGGGUUUUGAUCCAAGGUCGUGAUCUUGAUCCUUAAUCUAAAAUUCUGAAAAAAAGGAAAAAGGUAAAGAAAAAAAUUCAAUAAAACAAAAUGAAAAAUAAAUAAAACAAAAAAAUAAAAUGAAACAAAAAAAUAUAUAA